AUGUGUAGUAUCAUAUGUGGUGUGCAAUCAUUAGUUGUGGUGCUUUCUAUAUUUUUCUCUUAUAUUUUCAUAAUGACCAAUAAACCAGAAGAAUCAAUGGCAAAAAAUGGGUUACUGUUUAUAUCUAAUGCUGCAAAGGCUCAUGACGUCUGUCAGAGAGCCUCCAAAUAUGUACAAAAUUUAUUAUACAUAAACAUCAAGAGUAAUCCACAGAACACAUUACCAGUAUUGAGCAGACAAAUUGUGGAACUAUACACAAAGGCAACAUCACAAUGUAAUAACCUGGAUGUCAGACUUAUGAUGAAGUUAAAUGACAAAGGAAGUGUUAUAACGACAAAACAUCCAAUUGAUAUUAUUUUAUAUGAUAGUGAUUUAUCAAAAGAAAUAGAGCAAUUGAAAAAGUUACUAACAUCUCUUAGUCCAGGAUAUCAAUUACAAAGUCUUGAUUUCAAGGGUUCUGCACAGUCAAGUAGUAAUGAUGAAUUGGUAAAGACAUACGAGUAUGUAGCGUUGGGUGGUACAUUCGACCGUCUUCACAAUGGUCACAAGAUCCUUCUGUCACAGGCAGUACUUCGAUCUACUAAGCAUGUCACUGUAGGAGUUACAGAUGUAAAUAUGAUUCAGUCCAAAAAAUUAUGGGAACUAAUAGAACCAGUGGAGAAAAGGAUGGAGGCUGUAUUGAAUUAUUUAACUUGA